AAGAACGACCACGAUCCUGAAGCCGUCAUUCUGGAAAAGCAGACCUCGAAGGACACAGUCGGAUGCGCUGUUGGAUGGCGAGAAGAGGAAGACAUCUUCGAAAGAUGUCUCGAGGCACUGAAGGCUUCUGAUGUCUGCGCGGUAGUCGUUGGCGUCGACGGAGACACUACUGAAGACAUGCCAAUGCUUGGAGUGUUUGGAGAUGUGUUUCCGGAUGCUCCACCUCCGAUACAUCUCGACACCCCAGUCGGUGAUGCACUGCUGGAUGCAGAGUCUGCCAUCGCGGCGAACAUCGACCAGCUGCUCUCUAUAGUCGAGACACAGAUUACAACCCAGCUUGGUAUCGACCGCUCGCAGCUAUGCACAAUCGACGCCAUCUGCAUCUACCAACCACAUCGCAACAAGAAGGCCAUUCUUCUCACCACAUUCCUUGCCGGCAUUGUCAUGGCUCGAGCGAAGCAGGUCCCAUUCCUCUUCAGCUGCGACUCUGAUACGGUCGUCGCUCCUCAGACCAUCGAUCAAGUUGUCGCCUCUCUGCGUCCAAGGCCACAAGCCGGCGGCGCCAGCGGACGGAUCAGCACAUGGAAGUCGAACCAAUCAUUUCUCUGCAAGCUACAAUCGCUCAAGUGGUGGUUUGAUCAAGACGUUUCUCGAACGCAAACCGCCGCCACCGGCUUCCUCGAAUGUCAACCCGGACCGUCCUGUGCCUUCCGAGCCACUGCUCUUGAACAAGUCCUCAUCACCUGGUACUCCGCCUCAGCCUGGGGUCGACGAUGCGUCACGAACGAAGACCGUGAUCUCACGGCCAAGCUUCUGCACGCCGGUUGGGAGAUAUACUAUGUUCCUCACGCCGUGGUCUGGACCGACGUACCCACAAGUCUGGCGGGCUGGUUCAAACAACAACUGCGCUGGUCAAGAGGCACACACUUCCAACGUCUGUCAUCGCAUGGCCUUUACACAACGAUGAACCCUUACUUCACCAUGUACGUCAUGAAAGACAUGUUGAUGCCCUUCGUGGCAUGUGCAUACCUGGUAUGGUUCGUCCUCACGGGAGAACGGUUCCUCCGACUAUCCGAAUACGACCUCGCUGUUUCUCUCCUCGUGGAAUUGAUAUACACUCUCCUCACAGCCGCAGACCGCAUCCCAUGGACCGACCUCGUUUACCUUUUCCCGUCAUACAUCUUCUACAGCUUAACGAAACCGGCGAUCCAUAUCUGGAGCUUGUUCACCAUGUUCAACAACUCAUGGGGU